GAGAGGAUUUUGAUUUGAAAAAUGUCGGUUAGCGACAGAACCUUUAAGGUGGAUUUCUCGCAAAUCCCAAGAAAGCCCACACGCACGGAAAUUUUUAGCUUCCUUACGGACAAGCUAAGCCUAAAACCGGAAAAGCUGGAAAUGGUACAAUUCCUGAACCUUUCCACAUCUGUGGUGGUGGAGAUGAAAGAGGAGGGCGAUGCUCUCUUAAUAGUGGAGGUGCAUGAUAGAAAGCACACCAUCACGUGUAACGGUCGGGAUCACGCGAUCCCAAUCACAAUGGAGGACGACACCAAAGUCGUAACCAUACAGGAGGUAUCCGCCAAGGUGACUAACGCGGAUAUUAUAUCAGCUUUGGAGGCCUUCGGAGAGGUGAAGGGGGCAAAGGACCUCCUCUGGGAGGAGCCUACGCCUUUCCCAGGCGUAAGAAACGGCAACAGAGCGGUGAAAAUGUUAAUUAACAGGCCCAUUCCAUCAUACAUCACCAUAAAGGGUGAGCGGGGUAGGAUCACAUACCGCGGGCAGGAACAAACCUGCAUGUACUGCGAUCAAAUGGUCCAUUACGGUGUUUCCUGCACACAAAACAGGAAAAAUAACAGCCAAAAGGCAUCAGGUGUCAACCAGCGCCUAUACUCGGCAAUAGUACAGGGCAACCACACUACGGCCAAAGAGGGCUCAACAGAAAAAGUGGUAACCACAAAAAGUGUCCCCACCCAAGUGGGUACAAUUACUAGAAAAAAAUCCAUUGACGAACCAGGCUGCAGCAAAGCACUGGAACGCAUAGACUACGGUAAAAGUGUCUCGAACACUAUGACACUUAACAAAAGAGCAAUGUCCGACAGCUCCUAUCCAGACACAGACGAGGAAAAAGCAGGGGUCUCCCAGCAUGAUUUUAAAAAGCCACACAAAAAAAGCACCAAAACGAACGAACGUAGCAUACUAUAAACUGCCAAACAGCCCCUAGGACCCCGAUUCAAGACUUCAAAGACACCAUUACGCAAAUAAUACACAAUACAAACAACAGGAAAUGCCUAAUAGCCGCAGACCUCAACUCGCAUCACACCUCAUGGGGAAACCCUUGGAGCGACAAUUAAGGUACGUUUAUAAUUAACGAAAUAGACAAUACUCAACUAACAAUUUUGCACAACAAAGAACCUACAUACAUCCCCACAGACUUAAACAAAAGAAAUACAGCAAUAGACUUAACAUUCGUAACAGAAAACAUAACCGAUAAAUGCACAAGGGUAGUACUAGAUCACCACAUGGGAGCCACCAAUCACAAAACAAUUAUCACAACUAUAGAAACAAUCAAUCACAAACAAGCCCGACUAAUAACAAACAGGAAAAAACUUUACCAUGAAUUAAAACAAAUGGAAAUAGAGGAACACACCUCAGUGAAACAAAUUUUCCAGAAAAUAGACACACUAGUAAAAGGAAACACCUCUAAAUCAAAAAAACCACUAAAAAUCUGGUGGAAUAGAGAAACGGAAAAAGCUUGGAAGGUAAAAAACAAAAGUAGACAAAUUUUCAAUAGAAACAAAACAAUAGAGAACGAAAUUGAAUUCAAGAAAAAUCUAGCUAAAUUCAGACUAAUUAAAAGAAAACACAAAAUCCAAAAAUAUGAAGAGAAACUUAGCGAGAUAAACAAUUACACUAACACCACAGAAUUAUGGAGAUUUAUAGGAAAAAUCGAAGGCAAAAAAACAAACACAAAAGAUGAAAAUCUCAUCCACAACAACAAAGAGGCAGCAAAAACAUUUUUAGAAGAAAAUUUUCAAAAAAAUAAGAAAGGGAACAAAAAACCUUAUCAAUAUGCUAGGCCAUUAAACAAUAUCAUGGACGAAGAAAGAUGGCAUAACAUUCUAAAAAAAAAGAAAAAUACAGCCCCAGGGCCUGACAAAAUCUCCUACGAAAUUCUGAAAAAUAUAAAUAGACCAUCGGUCAGUAAAAUAGUAAAGGAGAUAAAUAA